CGGCAUAAUAUGGCAAGAAGCUGUAGCAGCAGUUAAAAAGUUCCACUACGCUGAAUAUAGGUUGACUACCGCGUGUAGCUAGCGUUGUGGUUUGCAGCUCAAGCUGCACGAGAGCCAUUAAUAGAUGUUGAAACUUUCAACUUGAAAGUGUCUCUCGUAUGAUAUUUUUAAAAUUUGUAUAAAUUAUUACCGUUAUUAGGAACGGUAGUCUUUUUCUAGAGUGAUAUAGUAGAGUAUCAUGAACAGUUUUGCCGGUAAGCUGAAGAAAAUCAGGGAGCGGUCGCAAAGUCCGGGACGAGCACUGUCUCCCGAACGGAAGGCGGGAUUAACAGGUCGCGGUACCUCCGUGCUGCCCUCGCAUGUCGCAAGUGGGAGUCUGUCGCCAACGCAAAACCGGAAACUGGAACCAGUUCGGAAAAUAUCACAAGAAUUCAACCAGAAGCUGUGGAUCCGGCCCACCCUGGCGGCCGACACGGAAGUCAUCGAAGACGUCAAAGAAGGAAAAAUGCCGAUUUCCGCGUUUUCGCAAAAAAGAGCGGAGAUCCGGGAAAGAAAAAUCAACUGGGGCGCUUAUCUACAAAGCGGACUCAUCACACAGGAACAGUUUGAUGUCAUCAUCAACGUCGACAAAUAUUCACCGGAAAAGCGAGGAUGGAUAUUCCGCGAUCAGGGGGUUUUUGUAGCUGAAUGCUUUAUCGAAUUGCUGAACAAUAUAUCCAAAGACGAUACCAUCCAAUAUUUACUGACACUUAUCGAUGAUUCCCUUGAGCAAGAUCGCACCCGCAUCGGAGGACUGAAUAUUUACGCGGAAAAUCAGGCCGUCACAGUGGCCAGCCUGUUCAUCCCAUUCCUUAACCGGACAGAUUUGUACAUUAUGCACCAAACUGCCCGCAUUAUUGCCAAAUGUGCAUGUUGGAGUGCGUCCCUGAUGGAGGAGCCCGAUCUGUCCAGUUAUCUGGUUUUCCUUAAACUGAUUCUACGCUCAUCGAAUAACGAGUACAAGGAAACAACCGUUCGCUGCCUGCAAAUGAUGCUACGGAUCCGUGAAUACCGAUUGGCUUUCCUUCAAAAUGACGGUAUCACGGGAAUCGUCAAUGCGUUGAACGCUAAUGCCAGCAACAGUCAAUUACAGUAUCAACUGAUUUUCUGUUUGUGGUGUCUGACAUUCGACGCGGACGUUGCCAAAGAAUUUCUCAGCCAUAACGUGGUUCCAAUCAUGGGAAAGAUUCUUACGGAUUGUCAGAAGGAAAAGGUCAUUCGUAUUACCUUGGCGAUAUUGCGGAACUUAUUAGAGAAGUGCGACGAUGACCCGGAAGUCUUGAAGGAGCUGGGGAUUUGUAUGGUGCAUGCCAGAAUAAUUCGUUCUCUGGAGCACAUUGAGAAACGCCGUUUAGUUGACCCCGAUUUACUGGAAGAUGUGGAAUAUCUCGUGACGGCACUGCACAAAGCCGCUGAACAUAUCAGUUCUUUCGACGAAUAUAUGGCCGAAUUGAAGAGCGGCAGUCUGGAAUGGAGUCCCGCUCAUAAGAGUGAAACAUUCUGGAGAGAAAACGCUGCCCGGUUUAGCGAAGCCAAUUACGAACUGCUUAAGAUCCUGGUAUAUCUCAUGCAACGCUCCAAAGAGCCGCUUGUAUUAAGCGUGGCCGUGCACGAUAUUGGUCAAUACGUUCGCUUCAGCCCUCGGGGGAAAGCGAUAAUUGAUAAAGUCGGAGGAAAAGAGGCUGCAAUGGCACUUCUUUCCCAUGCGGACGCUGAUGUGCGUUACCAAGCCCUGCUGGCCGUUCAAAAAAUGAUGGUGACGAACUGGGAAUUUCUCGGCAAAAAGUCGGAGAAAGAUCAAAACCAACAAGAAGUUAGCGUAAAAUCAUAACAAAUUCUUACUGUCUGUUAUAAUUUUUGUUAGUAAAAUGCGUAUAUGUGUCUUCAACACGAAAAAAACGGUGGGGGGAAGUUAUGGGUUUGUUGGUAGGCAUCAUGGCUUCUUUAUGCAGAAACUUAUUAAUAUUAGUAAAAAUUCGUCACUAUUCCAUUGCGCCGACUUUGAAGUU